AUGGCGAGUGCUGGUGCGGGCAAGGCAAGUCUGUUUAAGUACUUCUAUAGCCCAUGGGCAAGGGAAGGCCAAAGGGGCCGAGCGGGGCUGGAGGUUUCGAGCGGUGGUCGCGGGUUGCCAGCGGAGACUCGGGAAGGUCAUGGGCCCCUGAAGAUGAUGCCGCCGCCGCCCCUCGCCGCCCUGGUCCUGCUGGUCGUGGGCGUCGCAGGUCAAGAGCGGGGCGUGUCCCUCCGCCCGCGUGACGACGGCGACGCCUACCCUUGGGCGAGCCGCCGCCACCCCGCCCCCUACCCUUACCCGCCCACCACCAGCCCCCCCGUCUACACCCCAGGUACCCCACUCCCUGGCCCUCGACUGCGCCUCCUGCCACCCCACCCACCGCCCAGCCCCCCUCCAUGA